AUGACGGACCAAGACGAUCAUCAGCAAACUGAGAACGAGAUGGAGAAUGAUGACUGUCAAAUCGCGCGGCUACGUGAGCAGGUCUCACAGCUGAAAUACGACAAUGAUUGGCUACGCGAGAACAACGUGAGACUGCAAGAGCAACUUGACCAGUCAACCCAAGAAGCUAACGAGAAUGAAGCAGACUUCGAAGAAGAAGAAGCUAACGAGGAUGAAGCAUAUUUCGAAGACGAAGAAGCUAACCAGGAUGAAGCAUAUUUCGAAGACGAAGAUUAUCCUCAAGUAUCCACUAUCACUCGUGUCAGGAAAAGAUUCUGCAAGAUCUUUACACGACUGAUUACUGGCCCAGUGAGAUACUGGCAAGCCAAAAGGCAGGCGAAGCGAUGGAAUGCUGACCUUGGCGAAGAGGUACAAUACGACGACAAUGACGGUCCAGAGGAUGAUCGGUGGAAGCCAGCUCCAGAGCGCGAGCCCGAGCCUGACCAUAUGAUAUGCGAUAAGUGUAUAAGUUGGAAUGCUCUCUGGGAACAGAGGCAGAAGUACCCGCAAUGGGAUCCGGUACAGUCUAGUCUGGAUGAGUUCUGGAAAAGCCCUGCCCAGUACAUCUACAUCAGCUGGGAAGACCAGUAUACUGCUUUGCACAAAGCGCACGCCCUUGCCAAGCAGACCUUCUGGUACGCAUUUCACGCACAUUGGCCCGAACAGGCGCGUGCACAAUUCGGAGAGCAUUGGGACCAAGUUCGUUUCGGCAGGGACGAGAUCGAAAAGUCUGGUCUGUCUUGGGCCGGUCGUCCUGAAAAGACACUCCAGAUGUGCAAUGCAACACGAGAGAUGACAAUCGGCAGCAUGUACUCGGUCACGUCACUGCGCAACGCAGUUUGUCACCCAUCCCAAAGCCUGGCGAUGCGUAAUCUUGAUGCCCUACUUUGCACCGCGGAGAACCUGGCCAGAAUCCUCGACGACAAACCCCGAGUCUGCGAGAUCCAGAAUCUGAGACGUGGUGUCAUGAUCAAAGCUAUUGAAGCGUAUGAGAUCAUCGAAGCUCGAACGACGACACCGUUUCUGAAAGGACCGCCGACCGAGGGAACUAAUCUGCAGCUGAGAGCACGCAGGGCAUUCGACGCAGUGGAAUGCGCUCCUCAAACUGUGCACGAUGAUCAUCCGUACCCCUAUCAUAUUCAACACACGCUGCGUCGAAUCUACAAUGAUGUGUACCACAGUUCACCGCCAGGCGACAAGGACUAUCCAGCAGUGCUGCUGCAAGCUGCGAAGUUGUGGAAGGCAAGGGGUUUCGGCAGAGGUGAGGAUGAUCCAGAUUAUCAGCAGAGGGUCAUCACGUCUCAGUCUUGGGUCCGAGAUGAUGACCGGCCAGUUGACGAGGACGUCGCUGAGCCGCCAUCAGGAGACAACUCGACAGAAGCUCAAGAGACAGCUGAAGUCAGGUCUGAGAUCGAGCAAGUCCAAGAGCCGGAAGCUGAACCACAAUCGCAGGAUCAGGAUGUUGACGCUGGUGAAGAGGCCCAGGCGGAUCGCCUCUCGCUCCUAGAAGCUGAAUGCAAUGAGUAG